UGAUGCGCGAGGAACUCGAAACGACCAAUGAGGUUGAGGCUUAACCCCGCCCAUUGAGCCUGAACAGCCAAUCACUGUGAGCCAAGGGAGGAGCUUGGAAUCGCUGUUGUGCAUCCAACGUGGGACUACGGAACGAGGAGCACCCAACGAAAAAGAAAAAGUAACUCAAGAAAGGAAAAAACUCAUGGUGGUAGUGCACGGACGGAAGGAGGGGGGACUCUAUUUUGCCAUCAAUUGGAUCGUGGAGAUUUUGUGACCACAGACUGCACCUGAUAAGCUGUCGGUUGGGUUCUUAGAGAGGACCCUGUGUUUUUCAAACUUGGAUUUAUCGAGUUACAGAAGUGCUGCGGAGCUCGGACGAUCUGCAGCGCUCGGCUUGAGAGAGCAACACCGGAGUUUUCAGGCACGAUCCCCGCGGGUCUUAACUUAUUCGCUACGUCUUCAAGUUUGUAGUGGACAUUUCAUAACUGCGUAAUAAGUCACUGUAACUAUCUGGUGAAGUUCUAAACACUUGUUUCUGCUGCUGUGUUGCUCAACAGUGAUAUUAAACGCUCUCCGGGCACAGUGUCCUUUAACAUUUUGCUGUUGCAUGUUUUCAAACAUGUUACCAAAAGAAGCUAUCCCAUCCAGAGAAUAGAUUAAGCCCUUUAUGGAUGCUCUGUUUUGACUUGAAUUUAAAGUCCUUUGUGGCCUACUUUUGCUCGUUAAACUGUGAAUCACCUUUGAUUUUUUUUUUUAGCCCGCGUCGGUCACAGGAGGAGAAAGUUGGACUGGGAACUUCUGUCCGAAAGACUGAUAUCACGAUGGAAAACGUGUUACUACACCACAGUUUAUGCUAGACUCUGUAACACGAAAAGACUCUUCAUGUGCUGUAAAAGGCAUUUAGUUUCCUCGAAGCUACAUUAAUAUUCACAGUUUGUGAGUACGAGGAGAGAGAGCUCAGCGGCCGCGCUAUUAAAACUGGAUACAAAAUGGCGGCGUCCCUGGGACGAUUUGGAUAUGUUUCUGGUUUUGUUUUUUAUUUAAUUUUAUCGCUCGAACUGUUAAUCAGUUAUGGAUCGAGUUCAGACUUGCCGUGUGCCCAGAACUGUACAUGCAGCGAGGAUUCAGUGGACUGUAGUGGCCUGGAGCUGACAGCUACACCUCUGGACCUUCCAGUCCGGACUGUCUCCUUAAAUCUUGGACACAACAAGCUGACCUCCAUUACUGCUGAAGCUUUUGAAAACCUUCCCAACUUGAGAGAGCUGCGGCUGGACCACAAUGAGCUGACCUCCAUACCAGAUUUAGGACAAGCUGCUUCCAAGAUAGUAUCUCUCUACCUACAUCAUAAUAAGAUCCGCAGUAUAGAUGGCAGGCGGAGCAGAGAGCUGGUUUCUGUAGAAACCCUGGACCUGAGUAAUAAUGACAUCACUGAGCUCCGCGGGCAUUGCUUUCCGACAGCACUCCAAAUCAGAGAUCUGUACUUGAGCAACAAUAAAAUCAGCGCAUUGGAACUUGGAGCUCUAGACCAUCUGGGCUCGACUCUACAGGUCCUGCGACUGAGCCGAAACCGCAUUAGCCAGAUCCCUGUGAGAGCCUUCCAGCUCCCGAGACUGACCCAGCUUGAGCUGAACAGGAACCGUAUUCGUCAGGUGGAGGGUCUCACCUUUCAGGGUCUGUCCAGCCUGGAGGUCCUCAAGCUGCAAAGAAACAGCAUCAGCAAACUGACAGAUGGGGCUUUCUGGGACCUAGCCAAGAUGAAAGUCCUUCACCUGGACUACAACAGCCUGACAGAAGUGAACAGUGGCUCCUUGUACGGUCUGACUUCCCUCCAGCAGUUGUUCCUCAGUAACAACUCCAUAGCCCGCAUCAACGCUGAUGGAUGGAAGUUCUGCCAGAAGCUGAGGGAGCUGAAUCUGUCGUACAACAACUUGACUCGUCUGGAUGAAGGCAGUCUGGCUGUGCUGGGGGAUCUCCACACUCUCCGUCUGGGACACAACUCCAUCAGCCACAUCACCGAGGGAGCCUUCAGAGGCCUCAAGGCCGUACGCAUCCUGGAGCUGGACCAUAACGACAUCUCAGGCACAAUAGAAGAUACCAACGGGGCCUUCUCUGGAUUGGAUAGCCUCAACAAGCUGACUCUGUUUGGAAACAAGAUCAAGUCGGUGGCAAAGAAAGCCUUCUCCGGUCUGGAGACCCUUGAACACCUGAACCUGGGAGAGAAUGCUAUUCGAUCCAUCCAGCCGGAUGCCUUCAGUAGAAUGAGGAACCUCAAAACCCUUCUCAUUCAGAGUGACAGCUUCUUGUGUGACUGUCAGCUCCACUGGCUGCCUGACUGGUUGGUGACACGUGGUCUGCAGGCCGGGGUCAACGCCACCUGUGCCCACCCAGAGAGCCUGAAGGGCACCAGUGUCUUCCAGGCUCCACCCAGCAGCUUUGUGUGUGAUGAUCUUCCAAAGCCUCAAAUCACCGUGCAGCCAGAAACCACAGUGACUGUCCUCGGUAGCGACGUCAAGCUUACAUGCACGGCCGCCAGCAGCAGCUCCUCACCCAUGACCUUUGCUUGGCGAAAGGACCAGGAGCUACUCCGCAAUGCUGAGACAAAGAACUACGCCCAUGUCCGGGCUCAUCAUCAGGGCACAACAUCUGACACGCCAGGUGCAGGUGGAGGCGUGAUGGAGUACACUACUAUAUUGCACUUGCGGCAUGUCACCUUCGCUCAUGAGGGCCGUUACCAGUGCAUCAUCACCAAUCACUUUGGAUCCACCUACUCCAGCAAGGCUCGCCUCAUUGUCAACGUGCUCCCCUCAUUCGUGAAGACCCCCAGAGACAGCACCAUCAGGACUGGCCACACAGCAAGGCUUGAAUGUGCCGCGGAGGGGCAUCCGGCUCCGCAGAUCGCCUGGCAGAAAGACGGCGGCACAGAUUUCCCCGCCGCACGCGAACGACGAAUGCACGUCAUGCCUGAUGAUGAUGUGUUCUUCAUCAUGGACGUCAAACCAGAGGACAUGGGCGUGUACAGCUGCACUGCCAAAAACACUGCCGGCACCGUCUCUGCCAACGCCACCCUCACAGUGCUAGAAACCCCCCACCUGGCCCAGGACCUGGAGGACCGCAGCGUGGUGGUUGGGGACACUGUGGCCCUGCAGUGUAAGGCUCUGGGCAGCCCGCCGCCCCGCAUCACGUGGCUGCGCAACGACCAGCCGCUUCGCCCAUCCGAGAGACACCACUUCACUCCUGGGAACCAGCUGCUGGUCAUCGGCUCUGCCUCACUGGAGGACGCCGGCCGCUACACCUGCCUCAUGUCCAACACGCUGGGCACUGAGCGUGCUCACAGCCAGCUGGUGGUGACACGGCGCCGCAGCCCCUGUGCAGCGCCAGUGGGGCCAAGCACGGUCACUAUUGGGAUCAUUGUCAUUGCCGUGGUGACGAGUAUUGUGUUGACGUCAUUGGUGUGGGUAUGCAUCAUCUACCAGACGAGGAAGAAGAGCGAGGAGUGCAGCGUCACAAACACAGAUGAGACAAUCGUCCCCCCAGACGUACCAAGCUACCUCUCCUCGCAGGGCACGCUCUCUGAGAGGCAGGAUGUAUGUAUCCGUGUGGAGGCAGGUGGUGGACCUCAGCCCAACGGACACAUCGUAGACACCACAGGAUUUGACGGUGCAGUGGUGUGUUCAGACUGCAUGGAGAACAGCAGCAGCUACUCUAAAGACCCUGACUACCUGUCACACGGGUUUGGCCCUGCUGGAGGGAUGGAGUACCAACAGCACUCUGCGCCUCCACAACACUCUUACUGCUAUCCUGUGCAGCAGCAUGAUGCAGGGACAGUUUCGACACCACUUUGCAACGGGACACCCAACGGGAUCCGAAAGGACUUCCACGGACUUCCAAAAAACCACAACACGAUACAACAGAGGGAUAGGAAAGUGCCGGCGUGCUCUUCAUCACAGGAAGACUCCUUCCACAAGCCGGUGAAGUUGGCCGGCAUGACGUGCCACGUUCACAUGGACAGUGAUUGUGAGCCUGAGCUCAGGCAGACUCUGCUGUCUAAUGGACACACCCUCAGAGCCUCUCAGAAUGAGAGUGCCCCCCUAAGGAGAGCCAGCGACUAGCAGGCGCUCCAUCCAGCCCAAAACAGACUCACAGAAGUGGAGUGAACUUUAAUACUUUUUGCACUGGGAAAUAAACUGCUACCUCAUAUCGAGGCGAAUGAAUCCAAACCUCCUGGAUCUGGAAUGCAAGGGAGCACCAGGGGAGAGAAAGGAGGGGGAGGGGCAUCCGGAGUGUGAAGGCGGAGCUUGUGUGGGUGGCGUCCCAUCUGAGCGUAUCAGCUGUACAUAGUUAAAAACCUUCGUUUGGGAGGUGACCAAUAAGAAUUCUAGCUCCAGAAAAUGUGACUUGCAUUUGAAGCAUGUAAAUGUAGGGAAUCUUGUACAGUGUAUGUUUGUGCAGGGGAAAAAAAGAGAAAUAUACCUUUGGACAUUUGACUGUACAUAAGAGUUUCUUAUAUUAUAUAUUAUAUAACUUUUACAAAAGAGUAUUUGAAUUUAUGUGCAUGACAAAGAAAGGAGUGAUGGUAUUUUUAUUUUUCUUCAAAAAAAACAGCCUUUUUCAGCUUUUACCAACAUUCAGCUGCGGUGCCUUAUUGCAUGAUCAAAGAAAACUCAACUUGUAAUAGCGUAUAUCCAGAGACUUUUUGUGAGAGAACCUGGUACACUCUUAAUAGCAAACAAACACUUGAUUGCACUUGAAUGUUUGUUUUUUUUGACAAACGUUGCCAAACACGGCCUUACAGAAACACAGUUCACACUCAUUGUUUUUGAAUGAAGGAAGAGCUUUGAUGUGAAUUCUUUUGGUACGCCAGAUGGUUUGAGCUGGGAUAUUUGAGGGCAAUCAGUUAAAGCACUUUUAUAUUCAAUGUUCAUACACAAGCAGGUAGUGUUCUUGAUAUCUGCCAAUAAGAAUGCAGGAUCCUCCUCUGUGUGAGGAGUCAUUUCUCACAAAGUUAAUCCAAAAGUUCAACACACAGUUACAUUAGGGCUCUUCUGUCUGUUUUACAAUACUGCAAGGUACUGCAAAGCUGCUCUGAGCUAGCUUAGGGAAAAUAUUUCUCUAAUAUGUUCUGAUUGUUUUCCUAUUUGUUCUGAAAAGUGACUACAAAUAAAAUAUCCACCCUAACAGCCAGUAAUCAUCCUACAAGAUGGACCUGUUGCCUCUUCAUGGUCACUAAGGCACUGACACUUAAUUAGCUGGAUUGAUGGAGAAUGAGGGAGAAUAGCGUUUUGUGUUACUGCUGUAAAGUGCCUCAACCUCCACCAUUGUGAGCUCACAGGUAAAUGGCCAGUAAUUCUGCCUCUCACAUCAACCCAUACAGUUUCAUCAUCGCUGCAAUGUUUCAGGUAACCAAAGGUGCGGCCUCAUGCUGUGAACAGUUAGGAAGCUUGUGAAAUGUGCUCUAACCAAACCCUGAGGAUUAAUGCAGUCAAGCUUAUCACAAAUGGCUCACAAAUCAAAGUAGUUACAAUGUCGUGUGUGUGUGUGUGUGUGUGUGUGUGUAAGUAGCGUGUGUGUGUGUGUGUGUGUAAGUAGCGUGUGUGUGUAAGUAGCGUGUGUGUGUGUGUGUAAGUAACGUGUGUGUGUGUAGCGUGUGCGCUCUGUUACCUGUGGCCUUACCAAGGUAAACUGGAGGACACACUCCUCUGGUUACACCUGAUAGCACCUAUCAGAGGUGAUUGUACCAGCAAGACCAAUCAGAGAUCCCUGUUUAGAAAACCAAUCCCAGAGUAGCAGGUAAAAGGGACAAGAGGAAGUGAGGUGCAGCUGAGUAAUUUAUUGAACCGUUGUACCGAUGUCAAAGCUGAAACAGUGAAGUGUCUAACAUGGCAUUGAAGUGUCUAAUAAAACCCCAUUUUGCUAUCA